UGUGGCGUCAUCUACGAUAGAAUAGUCGAAGCUUUUGUAAUUCAUACUUGCUGCGACUUCUAUUUUCAUAUAAUCAAACAAAUUUUAAUAUUAACUUUUGUUACUAAUUAUUACACAUAUUAACUAAUAGUUAAGACAUAUUUUGAUAAGUUCAAAUUUAACUAUUACUGAAAUCUGUAGUGUCAGGUUAAGUGUGAAAGUUAAAGUUAAAAGUGUGUUUUGAAUAAUUGUUUUUAUUAAAAUAUGGAAAAAAAUAAGUUAAUCAAGUGCUUAAGAAUAUUAAAUUUGGAAAAUGCAAAAGGGAUUAGUUAUACAUCUUUCCUUGACACUCGACUAAAAGAAGUCUAUGAAAAACUACAAACAACUCAUGAAUAUAUAUUAGGCAGUAUAUCAGAUAUAACUAAGUUGAAUUUUUCAAGAAACGUGAAUUUAGAAUGGAACUAUAUUUGCUUAGGUUUUUAUAUAUUGAAAUUAUUAUCGAGAGAAUCAGAAAGUUCUGGUGAUAUUUUUCUGAGUGUACAAGAAACUAAAGAUUUAAAAAUUUUUAUACAAAAUCUAGUUAUAGUUGGAAUAUGUACAAAACUACAACCAAAUUUACCGUUUAAAAUGAAAUCUGAAUAUUUUGUAUCUGAAGAUAUUUAUUGGGAUUAUAAUGUGUUGAAAUGUACAACUUUUGGCUUGACAGAAUAUCUUAAAGUACCAUUUUUGAGGUUUGUAAUAUUACCGGAGAACCUUAAAGAAAUUCUAGUAGCUUUAUAUCAGAUUUCUUAUUGUCUGUUAAAGAAACCUGAUGGUGAUGAAAUAAAUCAAGAAAUAUAUGAAAAGUUAUUGUUAGAGCAACAGUUAUUUAAGAAUAUUUUGGAUUAUUUAAAACAAACUAUUCACCCACAUAUUUUCGUUAAAGAAAAUAUGUUAUGUUUACAUAAAAAUUCACCACUGUGGUUUAAAAAACAAAUAUCUCAAGAUCUUACUAACAUCCUUCGAUCUAAAGAUGGAAUUGAGACUGUGGUAACAUCUCUUUUCGGAGAUUGUGAUAAUAACACUCAAAAUUGGAAAAUAUUAGAAGUUUUUUCAAAACUUAUAAUUAGUUGUGAAAAAUUCCCAGAUUUUGAAGAAAAUAUAUGUAAACAGUUGAUUGGUUUAUUACACAAGCAAUCAAUUAACAAAUCUUUUAUGGAAACGAUUUUCGCUUAUUGUACAAAAACUUUUUAUAAAAAAAAUCCAGAAUUAUGUAAGAAAGUUUUUGUUAAAAAUAUCAUUGCUAAUUUUUUACAUUUUACAUACAAAUCUCAUAAAUUUAGUCAGGAAGAUGUAACAGAAAAAGUUGAAUUUACAUCAAGGAUGUUACAUGCUCUUUUUAUAGACAAUAAUACAGAAGAAUUAAUUUUACCUGCUAAUUUACUUCAACCAAUUAUUAAUGUCGCUUUUAAAUUUUAUAUAUUAACAUUAAAUUCAAUAUUUAAAACUGUGAAUAAUGAUUUAAGAGAUUUGUUAUUGUUUUUUAUAGAAGUACAACUAGAUAAUAAUAUAUUCGAUAUUUUUUUAUUUGAUUUACAAUCAAAUGAAAUUUCACCUAUAAGAAACGAUAUAUUAAUUGAAGUUGAAAUAAAUAAAAUUAAAAUCAAAUCAUAUGAACAAUCAAUUAAAUAUUCAUCCAUAGAUAAUUGUGAAGGAAUGUACAAAUUACUAAAAUCUAAACCUAAAUUAUUAAUCAAAUAUUUCUGGUACCUCCUAAAUUGUAUUACAAACGAAAAAAAAUAUUUCCAACAAUCUAGUCAAGAUCUUUUAGUACUAGAAGAAUCUAUAACAAAUAUUAAUAUAGAAAGAAAAAUAGUUGUUUAUAAAUUAUUAGCUGAAUUAGCAGCAGAAAAAUGCAUACGAAAAGAAUUAAACGAAAACCCUAUUGGUAUUGUAAAAUAUAUUAAAAGAACUUUAGAAGUACGAUCCGAAUCAAUGUUUACAAUUCUCAUGAUCCUCGAUAAUUUACUAUCAAAUUCUUCAAAAGAUAAUAAGAAAUAUUUCAAAGAAUUAUUGGAACCGUUGAAAUUAAUUCGUGAUGAAUCUGAAGAUUUCGAAACGAAAUAUUUGGUUAAAAACAUAUUGGAAUGCUUGGAAGGAAAUAAAAUUGAGAAACCUGAAGACGGAUCAGAAUUAGAUAAAGCUAUCGAUGAUAUUUGUGAUUGUCUGUUACCUACCAGAGGACAUGGUUUGUUAACUUUAACCAAACUGAUAGAAAAGAAGGAUAAGGAGGUUUUGGAGAGAAAACAGUUUGUUCUCAACAUUCUACAGCAAAAUAUAACAGAUAAAGAUUCUUUUAUUUAUUUAAAUGCUAUAAAUGGACUAGCGGCGAUGGCGGAUAUUUUUCCUAAUAAAAUUUUAAAUUUGUUGUGUGAAGAGUAUUUAGAUACAACUAGGAAAGAUAAUGUAGAUUAUUCGGAAGUUAGGAUGAAAUUAGGUGAAGUUUUAGUGAAAGUUACUAAAGUAUUGGGUGAAAUGGCACCUCAAUACAAGCCAUUGCUACUCAACACGUUUUUAAUAGGGUCCAAGGACGAUGACGAUUUGAUAAGAUCCUCCAGUUUAUCUAAUUUGGGUGAAAUAUGUAGGGUGCUUGGAUAUAAAUUAGGAUCAAUAUUUACCGAGGUAUUAGUUUGUGUACAUGCGAUAAUAGCUACUGAUAAAUCACCUCAAGCUCGUCGAGCGGCUGUGACUGUAAUAAGACAGUUAUUUGUCGGAUUAGAUCAAGAUAUAAUCGUUUUUUUCAAAGAAGAUAUUUUACCAGUUUACAAGACUUUGAAGCAAAUUUAUAAUAAUGAUAAAGACGACGUUAUGAGGCUGCAGGCACAACUUGCGUUAGAGGAGUUGAACGAGAGCAUGAAAAAUUUUGUAUUUCCUACUCCAAAAUUGAAUAUUAAUAAAAACAUCGUUAUGUUAAAAUGAUGAAAUAAACAUUUAUGUUUAAUAAA